UGUAGCAAUGAGGACCCUGCAAACCAGGAAACCUGCAGGAACAGGAUCCACUAAGCCAGAAUCUCCAGUGGAACACAGUGGAAAGACAACAUCAACUGGAAGAAAGUUUAAACAUUUUACACUGCCCUCCAUCCUAAAACGGAACUCCAAGAGUAACACCAACAUCUCUGCUCCAGAUGUACCCAACACAUCCAGUCUUAUGGCCGCCCCCCUCGAGGGUGAGUAAAACUUGCAAUGAGUUCUCACCUUCUCUAUCUGCCAUUGCAUCUCUUUUUUUAAAAUCAUUAUUUUCUUGUCAAAGGUUAUCAUAAAAAUCCCUGAUAUGGAAUUUAAAAUUUUUUCUCAUGACUGUUUAUUUGUUUAUAUCACAUCUGUAGUUGGUUCUAACACACAUCAUACAUUCGUAUGUACAUGUUUUAUGGCAGAUAGUUUAGACACUGUAAACACUACACUGUUUUUGUUGUCUUUUCCCUCAGAGGUGUUGACUUUUGAGCAGAACCUUAAGAGAAAUCGCCUGUCUGCUGCUGGCCAACAGCUGAUUGACAGAGAGGAGCGUCUAUAUGGACGGAUCUCAGAAGAAGUAGUUCAGCCGACCACAGAGAGGGAGAAUGAGGAGAAAGAGCAGCUCACCAGAGAUCGCAAAGCCCUCCUCAGCCACAUAGACCUAGCUGUGAAGAGUUCUCUCAGUCCGGACGAAGACAGUCUGGAGGCUCUGAAGUCUGCAGUGAAGGCUAUCCUACAGGAGGAGGAGCAGGAUAGGCGAUGGCUGAAGCAGGAUGGUAAACAGCCUACCUGGAGACCCAGUGAGUGUAGACAUCACCAUGACACUGUCCUCCAGAGGCUGGUGGAGGAGCGUAUGGACCAUGCCAAAUUGCCCCCUGAAGAGAGCAGCAAGCUACGCUCCUCCCUGCAGAGGGACAUCUGUGGGAAGGGCAGAUGCCUGCAGGAGGACCUGCUGAGGGUGGUGAAGGAUGUGAAGGGCUGUUACCCAGAGGACAUGGAUAUCUGCAACCUCUAUGGAAAGAUUUACCACCAAGCCUUCAGUGCAGGGAUGAGAAAGAUUGCGGAGUAUGGGCUGGGCAUGGUUGACUGCUCUUACCUCCUGCAUUGGGUGAAUGUUGCCUACCCAGGGUGAGUGAUGUCUUGUUUGUGUUUGGUUAUUCAAAUACUAUAUAAGGAUGUUAGGAGAUGUGACUGACUAACAUAGUGACUCCUGGUUUUUGUCUUAGGAUUCUACAAAAUCUGGAACUGACCAAGGCGAUUAACCCUGAAGCUUUGGGAAAGCUGUUGACUGAAGAGUUAACAACACCACUGGAGAAUCAAUAUCUUACUCUUCAAGAGGUAAAUAUGAUUUAAAUAAAAAUGUGUCCUGCAAAUUGGACCACAGCUUUCUGACCCAGAAAAAUAUUAGAUUUACCCGCCUAGAUGUGAAUGAUUGAUUGUGGAUCAUAAAAAAGUUAGGUUUACAGUAAUUAGCCCAAAGAUAAAUAUAUCCCUUGUUAGAUGAUGCAUUGUUUUGUUUAUGCCCUAUUUUCAGACAGAGGUGCAGACAUUGAUCAACAAAGUGCUGAAUGUGGAGGAGCAAGCCUGGAGGGAGGGAUCUGUGCCUGAGCUCAGAGACAACUGUUACUUUAGCCCCUUGGCCAUCGAUGUCAUUCAGGUAGACAUCAUAUAGGAAAUAUUUGGCACCCUCAUGCCUUUAUCGCUCUUACUAUUCAGUUAGUCACAAAUUACGUUGUUUAUUUCAACAGAGAUUAAUUUCAAAUGGAAAGGUCACUAACUGUCCAUCUUUAACCACCUAAUUUUCUAUUUCUCUGUCCCUUUAGUUUAUUAAUGCUGCAUUCGAAUCAGUAGAGACAGUUUUGGGAGACACGUCCAAAGUCCAGAUGAUUGCGUGCCUGUUGAAGGACUUCUUGAAUAGGUAAUAUAAACUUUUUGCAGGACAGAAUUGCAUGUUAUGAAUCAUGAAGGAACAAUGCAUUGUGUUGUAUUCUACUCCAAAUACUAUAAAAUCAAGAUGAUCUAUUACUAAUGUACCAAAUUACACACUUGCAGCUACAAGAAAUUCCAGGAGAAAGUUCUCAAAGGAAGCAACAACAGAAACAGCAGAACUGUGAUAAUGGCCAAUCUUUCCUGUGUUGAACAAUUUAGGUAUGUUUUAUUUUCUCUUGAUGUGAUGUGAUGUCCAAAUUGAUAGGACCACCAUGACAUAAUCUAGUCAUCUAAUUUGAUGGGUAUGAUUCCACACAGGGACUAUAUUGUGAAGAAAACAGAUAUCUUCCCAGUGGAUGUAAAGGAAUGCUGUCUGUCCAUAGUAGCUGAUAUGAAAAACUGUGGCUACACAUCUUUAAAAAGCCCCAUACACAAGGACCUCAAGGUAUUGCUGACUUACACAACUCAUAUCCAAACUUUGUGAAAAGUUUGACUUUGCAUCUGAGCAAAGGAAGUAAUAUAAAGUGGAAUGUACCUACUAGCCUGUCAUUGGUCUUGAUAUUGAUCUGUUGUCUAUCUGCCUCCUCCUCUCUACACACACACACAUAAACAAACACACACUCAAACACACAAACACACACACAGUCUCAGUACAGCAGUCUGGGAACGCCCAUAUGGUUGGAGAAGAAGACACAGGUGUGUGAGAAGCUGUUUGAAGGAAUUAACAAACACACCCAGGACCUUAGGGGCUUGAAUGACUCCUGCCAUCAGGUAAAUUGAUUGACAGAUCGAUUGAGAGAUGGAAUGGCUGAUUGAUUGAUUGAUAGAUUGAGAAGUUGAUUGAUUGAUUGAUUGAAUGGUUGGAUGGUUAUGCAGGAGCUGCUGGGCCAGCUGCACUUGGAGGUGACAGUGGAGUACGUGAGGAGGCUACUGAAGAGGAAGAUCAAGCUGAGAGACAAAGAGAUACAGGAGCAGGCGGCCAGGUCUGUGUGUGAGGAUGGCCAGAGACUAAACAAACUGUUCACUGAAGCGGUGAGAAUACACACACACAUACACACAGUCUUGUACAGCUAACCUUGUGGGGACACACAAUUCAGUCCCAUUCAAAAUCCUAUUUUCCCUAACCCCUAACCCUAAAACUAACCCGUACUCUUACCCUAACCCAAACCAUAACCCUAACCCUAACCCUAACCUUAACCCAAAAACCUAGCCUUAACCCUAACCCUAGCUCCUAACCCUAAAACUAACCCUAGCUCCUAACCCUAACCCUUAACGUAAUUCUAACCCUAACAUUCAUUCUAACCUUAACCCUAAACCCCCUAGAAAUAGCAUUUGACCUCGUGGGGACUAACAAAAUGUCCCCAGUUGGUCAAAUGUUUGUUUGUUUACAAUUCUUGUGGGGACUUGUGGUCCCCUCAAGAAUAGUUAAACACGUCCACACACACACUCACACACUGGAGAUAACAUUGUGACUGUUUUCACAGGGUUCCAAGGAGGAGUGGCUGAGUGACAUUCUGCCCAGGAUUGCUGAAGUGCUGAAACUCCAAGACAUUUCCUCCAUACAGCUGGAGAUAGUGACUCUGAGUCAAGCUUACCCUGACCUCAGGUUGAACUUUCAUACUUCUUACUCACAUAACUGUUAUUACAUAAUACUGUAGCUAUGUGAUUUUGUAUCUCCUUUGCAUACUAUGUAGUGAUGGCUUAUAUUGAUUCAGAAAUAAUUCAGGUUAUAAUGCUAAAUUCAGUUGAAGUUCAUUGCACAAGGCCAAUAACACACUGCAGAUGAUUCUGUGUUUGCAUUGAACAACCGAUGAGCUCAACCUUUUCCCCUUUGACCCACAGUGACGUCCAGGUGACCGCCCUGCUUAGCCUCAAGUCCAACCUUUCUGCCUCGGCUGUGAAGAGGGUGAAGAAGACCCUCCUGGACAUCCAGGACACCACCAGCUCCCAGGGUGGCCCAUCCUUUUUCUCCAAGGUAUAG